AUGUCCAGUUUACGAGUUUCUCUUUGUCAGAUGGCCGUGGAGAAAUCCAAAGAGGCUAAUCUAUCGAAAGCUGUGGGAAUGAUUGCGGCAGCGGCAACUAGAGGUGCAAAUCUUGCCGUUCUCCCAGAAUGCUUCAUGUGCCCCUAUGACACCAAAUAUUUUGAUGAAUACGCUGAAGAAAUAAGACCGGGUUGCCCCACUUACGAUUCCAUUUCUAAGGUUGCUAAAGAAAACAAUAUAUGGGUGGUAGCCGGCAGCAUACCUGAACGCGCAGAUGGAAAGUUGUACAAUUCCUCCAUGGUUUUUGAUUCGGCAGGUAACUUGCAGCAUGUUCAUAGAAAAGUUCAUUUGUUCCGAAUCCAUUCAGAAACCGUGCAAAUGGACGAACGGGAGGUUCUUUCUCCUGGAAGUACUGCUUUUCCUGUUUCAAUCAACGAAAAAAUCAAAUUUGGUGUGGGUAUUUGCUUUGAUAUGCGGUAUCCACAGCUUGCAUGGAAGUAUGCCCAAGCAGGGACGUCAUUUUUGGUUUAUCCGGGUGCAUUCAAUAUGUUUACAGGUCCAAUACAUUGGGAACUUUCGGCCAGAGCACGUGCUAUGGAUAAUCAACAGUAUGUUCUUUUGUGUUCUCCUGCGCGUGAUUCCAACGCAGAAUAUGUUGCUUGGGGUCAUUCGAUGGUUGCAGAUCCUUUGGGUAGGGUGAUUGCUACCGCAGAAGAAGGUGAGUCUUACGUUGAUGCAGAGCUGGAUUUUGAUUUGAUCAAAGAAGCAAGAAAAAAGAUUCCGAUUAUGGAUGGGAUGCGAAAUGAUAUUUAUUCCUUGCAGUGGCAAUAG